AAACGCCCACCGGAUACUUCACAUUCAUACAUCCGGUGAAUUAUCUGGCUCAUUGUUCUAUCUCUGUGUAGCAGCGGCUAUCUGGAACGAAGCAAAGCAGCCCCGGCUUUUUAGACUGGGAAUCAGCUGGCUAGCUAAUGGCUAUGCUUCAAUCAGAAUGAUAUCGCAGCGGGAACGAGGAGAACUUGCACGUUUUUAUACUGUUACGGACCCUAAAAAGCACAAGAAAGGCUAUACAGUGUACAAAGUCACUGCAAGGAUCAUCUCCAGAAAGAACCCGGAGGACGUCCAAGAGAUCACGGUGUGGAAGAGGUACAGUGAUUUCCGGAAACUUCAUCACGACCUCUGGCAGCUACACAGGAAUCUCUUCAGCCAAUCAGAGCUCUUCCCACCCUUCGCCAAGGCCAAAGUGUUUGGACGUUUUGAUGAGACGGUGAUUGAGGAGAGGAGGCAGUGCUCAGAAGAUCUGCUCCAGUUCUCUGCUAACAUCCCAGCCCUCUACAGCAGCCAGCACAUCCAGGACUUCUUCAAGGGAGGGGAGGUCAGCGACGGCUCAGAGCUUAUUGGACCGGCUGAACCCUUCUUGGACUUCCUGGCUGACAGCCUAUCAGACUGCGGCUCUGAAGUUCAGAGGGAUCUCGGUGGAGCAGAUGAUUUGACCAUUACCAGUCAGUCUGAAUAUGGAGGUCCGUCCAGUGACAGUGACCUGACCUCCCUGGCCAUAGACAUAGACUCUUUGGCCGAGCUGGACGAUGGCAUGGCCUCAGGCCGUAGCUCGCCCAACCAGCCACUGGGAGGCUCCAGCACCAUCACCAGUACCCACAGCAGCCCCUCUCUGCCCCCCCUGUAUGACUACCAGCAGCACCGCCAUCAGCAGCACACCUCGAAUCCAGCCCCCUGCUCCCCAGCCCCCGAGGUCAGCCGAACCAGCAGGACAGCGCUGUUCCCCUCCAGUCUGAGGAGAGGUAACGCUAACGCUAAGGAAACCAAGAGAGACUACCUGGACAGGGCUAGUGAACACAUCCGAUUGGCCGUGCAGAAGGAAGCGGAGCAGGACUACCAAUCAGCGUUCUCCUACUACAGGAGCGGGGUGGAUUUGCUUCUGCAAGGGGUGCAAGGCGAGCCCAGCCCUACGAGGCGGGAGGCUGUGAAGAGAAGGACGGCUGAGUAUCUGAUGCGUGCUGAGCAGAUAUCCAAUCAGCAUCUGAGAAACAGCAUGGGUCAAGGGUCAACACAGACCGUGGCCAUGGGGGUGCAAUGCUCUACCGCCACCUGCAGAGGGGGUCAGCAGAGUCCAGCCGAGGAGCUCAGGGCCUACAUGGUGCUGGGGGUCAUCGAUAAGGUUCUUCUGGUUAUGGAUAAGAGAACCCAGGAGACCUUUAUUUUGAAAGGCUUGAGGAAGAGCAGUGACUGUGGGCGACCCAAGCGGACCAUCAUGCCUCACUCUGUGCCCCACAUGGUGCGGCUGAGGAAGUUCAUUGUCUCAGAGGACACUGUGUUUCUUCUGCUACAUUACGCUGAGGGUGGGAAGCUAUGGUCUCACAUUGGGAAGUUCCUGCGUAACUCCAGCCCGGAGGACAGCUUCGACAUUCCCUUCAUUCAGAAAAGCCACACCACGGCAGUCCACUCUGUCCAACAUGCUGCUCCCAAGCUGGGCUUGGACUCUGGCAGCUCUGGGACUGGGCCUGGAUGUGUGCUCCAGAGGCAAGGGGAGUCUUCUCUUGUCCUCCCCCAGAAGAGUGCUCUGCCUCCUGGGCUGGCUGACCGCCUUAGGCCCCAGUUGGACUCUGGAGCGACCUCUGAGUUAGAGGAGUGCACCGACAGUUAUCUGAAUCUCUGUAAUGAGUACGAGCAAGAAAAGGUAGAACCAGAAGCUCUAGGAGAGGAGGAGGAGAAGGAGGGAGAGGUGUGUGUGUCGAGAGGACAGGAAGCAUCGUCGCUGGAUGUCACCGUCACCACGACAACCACUUCCUCCAGGACUCGCUCACUGCUUAGCAACGACAGCCUCUGCUCUCCAAUCAGCGCCCAGGAGCUGCGUUUCUUUACUGAGACGGCCGUGGAUCACAACACCGGGCGUUGCCAGGACAUCGGGCAGAACCACGGCGAGGUGUUCAGCCCCUUGCUCUCCCCCGCCGUUCCCCUCUCGUUGGACCAGUCCAAACGCACCCCCAUGGAGUUCUUCCGCAUCGAUAGUAAGGACAGUGCUAGCGAGGUGACGUGGUGUCCUGACUCAGCCGAGCUGAGGCCCAAACCAGACCCCUCCAAGCCGCUCCCCUUCCUGUCCACCUCUGACCUGGGCUCUGAAGUCACAGACCUGUCGGACUUACUGGAGGAGGUGAAAGGUCAUGGAGGUGGGUCUGACCGGUGGGGUCUGGAUGGUAGUGACCAGGGCUCUAAUGAGUCGGUACCAGUCAUCUCCUUUAAAGAGGCAGUGGUGGAGGACGAGGGUCGACCCCCUGACCUCCUGGUCAACCUGCCUGGGGUCAUUGGUGGGGAGGGGUUGGUGGGGGUAACUGGGGAAGUGGAGGCCCUACAGGAGGAGCUGGUGUCCUCAGGGGUGUGUCUGGCCCAGGAGGCCAAAGCCUCCCCUAAGUUGAUCCAGCCGGACGUCCUGCAGCUCCACCAUGAGCUUGAGGAGGGGGAGGAGCUGGCUGUGGGGCGGGCCCUCCCCUCGAGGAACAAACGCACCACCUCUUCCUCUCCCUGCGCCUCCCUGUGGGACGACUGUGGCCUGGCCUUUGGACAAGAUGCCAAAAUGGCUUCCGGAGAUUCCGUACUCCCGAAUAAGGACUUCCUCCCUGCCAGCGCUGUGUCUAUAGUCUCGCUCUCUUCCUCCAACACAGACAUUCCAUUCGCUGACUCACUUAGCUCACUUCCUGAAAGAUUAGAAGCCAUUUUGAACCCACAGGUACACCCUGACAGUUUGGUUCUUAACCCAGACGGGACGAUAGCUGGCUCCAACCGCGGUCAGGAUGGGACAGGGGCCAGCUCUGGGGCAGAGAGUGCACUAGGCGUUGAGUCCCAGUUCCAGGCCAGUAAGGCUGGUGUGUUUGGUGUGGAGGACAUGGUAGAGUCAGAUAAGGAUGUGUCUCGGCUGUUUGCAGAGCUUGACCAGUUGUCUGCCGUAGCGUCCCAGGCCAGGAUUCCAGAGGAGUUUGUGAGGUGCUGGGCGGUGGACAUGGUCUCUGCCCUGGACUCACUCCAUCAGGAGGGCAUCGUCUGUAAGGACCUCAACCCCAACAACAUCCUCAUCAACAGCAAAGGCCAUGUUGAGCUGACGUAUUUCUGCAGCUGGAGUGACGUGGAGGACUCGUACGACAGGGAGGCCAUCACCAACAUGUACAGUGCACCAGAGGUGGGCGGUAUCAGCGAGGAGACGGCAGCAUGUGAUUGGUGGAGUUUGGGAGCCAUCUUGUUUGAGCUGCUCAUAGGCAAGUCUCUGCUGCAGUGCCACCCAGCUGGUAUCAGUCGCCACACGGCCCUCAACGUCCCUGAGUUUGUAUCUGAGGAGGCCAUGUCGCUACUGGUGGAGCUUCUCCAGUUCAACCCCAUAGAGAGGCUGGGGGCGGGGGUGGCAGGAGCAGAGGACAUCAAAUCACAUCCCUUCUUUGGCCGAGUGGACUGGCCCAAAUAAGCCCAGUGCAUUGUGGGACGGUGGAGGUCAGAAAUGAAUGCUGUGGGCGGAUCGAGCUGCUGACAGGGUGGGCACAAACACACACACACACAGACACAGAGACCCAGACGUGGCCAGUGUCAACAAGUGAACUCUUGUUGGGGAGUUGGACAUAUCGUCUACACACCUACCUUGUACAUGUUACUCUCACUGACAUUCUCUUUAUCCUCACGUUGAGCAGCUUAGACUGUUGAGACAUGAUGCAUGUGGUGCAAUAAACUAACUAGUCCUUUUAUGGAAGGGCGGUUCACAAAGUCAAUUCAACUUUUUCUUAUUUCAACAAGACAACCAACGGUCCUCUGACAUUUCACAGUCCAUAUACAUUCAUAUCCAUAUACAUACAUAUAUAUCCAUAUACAUUCAUAUACAUAUACAUACAUAUAUAUCCAUAUACAUUCAUAUACAUAUACAUACAUAUAUAUCCAUAUACAUUCCCCUGUAUUGAUAGGUUGCAUACUGUUUUCUCCGACCUAAAAUUGUAGAUGCCCUCCUCUUGGCCGCAGAGCCAAAAUGUUGCUGUUUCAAAGCUUAAUAUCCUGCAGUUCUACACUUUGCCUUGGGGUGGACUGAAAAUGUUACUGUUUUAAAGCUAAUAUCCUGCAGUUCUACACUUUGCCUUGGGGCGGACUGAAAAUGUUACUGUUUUAAAGCUAAUAUCCUGCAGUUCUACACUUUGCCUUGGGGCGGACUGAAAAUGUUACUGUUUUAAAGCUAAUUUCCUGCAAUUCUACACUUUUACUACAAUUCUACACAUAAUUAAACACAUUUUGCUGUGGGGCGGUGAGAACAUUUUUUGACUUUUAAAGCUAGUUUCCUGCAAUUCUACACAUUUUGUCAUAGCAUAAGAACACGGCAUAAGCCAUUUGAGUGACUCAAACAUAACAUCUAUGGGGCCCCAUGCCGUUUUUUGACUUUUAGAUUCUCCCGGACUGUCUAGUUUUUGUUUUUGUGAUUGUUAGUUCUCAAAGAUGGUAUUAUUUUAAAACAUAUAGCUCUUAGCUUUUCUACCUACUUUUAUAUCUGGUUUUAGUCAUUUCCGUUUACACAGAAAACAUUUUAUCCUGAAAGUUAUUUGAAUUUUUGCAUAUUAAAAAAAACUACAUAUUUUUGGGAGUGUUGACAACGAUUGGCCACUGCUAAAUUAAUAUAGGGGAAACACUGGCAUUGUACUCGGGAGAUGCAUUGUAUAACAGUUGCCAUGGUUGAACAAUGGUUGAAUGAAGGGUGAAUAUUGGUUGGAUUAUGGUUGAGUAAUGUUUUUGUAGGGUUGUCUGAAUGGUAUAGUCGAAGGUGCGUGUUUUUUUUACCCAGAGAAACCCACUGUACUGUACAUCAGUGUUUUUCUGUGCAUUUGAUAAUAUAUUAUAUAUCAUAUUUAAUGAAAAGACAACUAUUAUAGAUUCAAUAAUUGAUGUUCAUGCAUUGAUCUCGUCAUGUCCAUUGUCAUGUAGCCUAAAACUCCCCAUCUUGUGUGUUGUCAAGGUAACUUGUAAUGUCAUUUAUAUUCAUCUGUCUCACACCCAAUCCUAAUUCUCAUUGGUGUCCACUUCUACUCUGACCAAUACCUACUACUUUCAAUCACUCACUUCUUCAACACAAUUUUUUUUACAAUGAAUGUAGAGAUCCCAUCGGAUGACCUGACAGACUCCGCCUAUUACAAGUCCCACAGUAUGCUGCCUACCUUGUUAAAAUGGCAGAACACUGUCAUCCACAAUGUAACUCCUGCGCAUCCCGCCUGUAACUAACCACAGAUCUAGGAACAGCUUACACUAACCUAAUAUAACCAUAAACUACUCAGAGGAAAAACUGAUUAUAGACCAGUACUUGGGGACACCUUGAUGAUUUGAAAAUCCCUAUUCAAACCUGAUUGAUUCCUUUAUUUUGUUCUGGCUCUCUGGUUAAUUGAUUGACUAACGACAUGGCAUGGACCUAGCAGUUAGACGUACACUUAGUCACUAUCCAUGUCCUACAAUGACCUAUUCUCUGAGAUGCCAAACACUACCAGUGAGAGAUGUAUGUGUGCCUGCAAUAGUUGGUUUUCUAUGUUUCUUACUGUGUCUAGCUAUUCUCACUUACACAUGUUUUAUGUAUUAGUCUGUCCUCUCUGGAAUACAACUUAAUAAACACACAUCUGGAUCAUC